GUCUCAUUUGCUUCCCGACUUGCGCCCUUUAUCGUAGAAUGUUUUACCUGUUAACUAAGACAUUGAUUAACUCAACGUAUUACUUUCAAGUACCCGACAACUUCAAGGCUAAGCUACCUAACGCAAAGUAUCUAAAGUACCUACCUAGGCAACCUUAGUAAUCUUACAUGUUGAAGUUAAAGUAGCUAACUUUAAUAUUGAUUACGGACCCCACACCUGAUCUAAUCAUCCUUCACUCCACCCACUCACGACCACUUACACGAAGCGACGCGGGAAAGCCAUCUUCACCUAUACACCUAACUAACCUAGCUUCAAUUUUGGCUUUCUUUUUGCCUCUUUGUUUUUUUCUUUUUUCUUAUACCUUUUUCUUUACUUUUUUUUAUAUUUUUAUUUUUUUUUGCAUCUUUUCUUUCGGCUUCCCUCCCUCUUUGUCCUUCUCGUGGCUGGCUGGACUCGAAGAGAUUCGCGUCGAAUAGUCUCAGCCCUUUCGCAUUUUCCCGGACGGGCGAGUUGGGUGAGCGUGUCUCGCUCCACCCGUCUCGUCCACUGUGCGCCGGACAAUCAAAGGAGACGUCUUUGGCUGCCCUUACCUUGGCGACCCCCUUAAUCCAGCAUGCUGAUCUCUCGGCUGAACACGCGCAACGAAGCGAUCUAUUAGCCAUCGUCAUCGUCAUGGCUGAAUUUUGUCAUCCCGCCGCGGCCGCCGACCGCGAAGACGCCGAUCUGUCCGCCGAACCCCAAGAACCAGGACCCCUGAAGUGCUGCUGUGGUUCUGUGGAGUGCAUCUUUCUAAGACAUAAUUACUCUGUUCUCGCUAGUGUCGAGAAGGAUGUCCACAAUGCUGCCCGGAUGGGCCAGGCCUUGCUCGCGCGUCACGAAGCUUACAUGGCAGAUGCGGAACGAGAUCGUGCUGAGCUCGCUGCUCGGAUUGAGCAGUUAGAAGUUGAUAACAGGGAGUUGGAGGCUAAGAAUGCGAAGACGAUUGAGGAUAACAGAAACUUACUCGACCAGCUCGAGGCGCUCAACAACACGGUCAUCGAUUCUGAAAGUCACAUUAGAUCCCUCGAGGCCUCCGUCCUUUCCUCGCAACAGUCAGUUCGUAGGCUCGAGGGCGAAACGGCGCGUGCUGCUGCAUUAGAGCGCCAACUUCUAGUCCUGGAACAGGAGCAGGCCGAGCUACAGAGCCACCUGAGUUCCUCUCGUGAAGAGGCUAAAUCUGCCGUAUCGAGAUGGAAGCGAGCCGAAAGGGGUAUCAGUGACUUACAAGAACAGCUUGAGCGAAUGGAAAGAGAAACGCAAGAAGAGAGAGAAUACCACGUUGAAAUGAUAGGCAGAGUAGAAAGACAGCGUGAGAUGGAAAAGGAGUUGAAUACUGCCGCUGGCCGACUAAAGGGAGCAGCAGCAGCUAAAUCGCUCGAUCGCGUCAUCGGAGGAGGGAGCAAUGCCGUAUCGCACUUUGUCCGUGAUCUGCUCCAAGACAACGCCAACCUGCAAUAUGGUAUCGCCGAGUUGCGGGAGAUGCUUAUGAAUUCCAACGACGAGAUCCAGGCUUUGCGCGACCAGCUCAUGUAUCACCAGCCAUUAGGAGACGAACUAGCCAAUGCUGCCUGCACGCUUAGCGCGGAGCUCGAGUCUGAAAAGGAGUCGCCUGAGAGGAUACCUCCUAAGACUCCACAUGAGCUUCAUAUCCACCACCAUUUCCAUUUACCGAAAUCGAAACAGGAAGCGAAAAAGCCGCGGAAGAAACGUCAAGGAAUUGCACCAAGCACACCUCCAAGUGGCCCCACGCGAUCACAGCUUGGUUCGCAUACGCAUACGCAUAGAGAUUCGCUCCUCUCCAAUUGUUGGUCAACAUAUUCAGACCAACCGUCUGAUUUUGCACUCUCAUCAGUCCCGAGCUCGCCUCUGUCAAACCGCCGAAAUUCACUUUUCGACCACCAUACAAUAGACUCAUUCCCCACUUCACCCACGACCAGUAUCGACCCAUUAUCUCCUACGUGGCAUGCUACUCACCAGAAGCAGCUGUCGAGCGUAUCUUCGCGAAGUUUUCGAUUCUCAACAACAUCAGCCCUCGUACAACCAUUCGUUACUGACACCCAUCCAAUUAUCGAAGAAUCUGACGAUGGGGAUAACCCUCCAGAUCUAACCUCAGCUACCGACGAGUCUACCGUAGAAGAUGCAGCUUCUUCCGGGGACCAAGACGCUAUGAUCGAUGAUGUUUCUGCCGUAGACGUAGAUGAGCCAGGUGGUAAUCCAAUACCGAUAGUCCGGCUACGUAGAGCUCUAUCGCACGAAUCCAUCAUAUCGCUCUCCGGCGGCCUCGAUAUCCACACAUUAAAGUCUCGGCCGAGUCAGCUGAAAAUCCGCCACAUAGGUUCGGCCUCUUCUGUGACGGGGAGUAGUCAUAUUACAGCGCGGCCUAUGUUGUUACGCGAUAGCGCAAAGCGAAGUAGCACGCUACUCCGUGAAAGAUAUGCCUUAUCGCCGGUAGGAAGUUUGCAAUCCGUCUCAGACUCAUCCAUGCUAGGUUUCGGGUCGUCAAAACUUAGUAAAUGGGUUGGCUGGCGGCCGUGGGGUGGUGGUGGUGGUGCUGGUGGUGGUGCCGGUGGAGAUAGUAGUUCUACCGCGAGUAGUACAUCCGCAAGAACGGUCAAAGAUAAUAGUCAAAAGUCGAGUGAUCGUCCUCCUGGUCGUCUUCCUGGUAUCAAUCAGCAGGGCGCGAUACCCGGGUUUUCCGAAUACUUAGCUGCGGCUCAACGAAGAGUGCCGCCCCCCAAGAUCCGACCUGACGAUGUGGAUCGCGAUGCGUUAAGGGAAGGGCUCGGAGGAUAACGACAUUGGCGUAUGCUAGCUUGGAACUCGAUUAUCGGGAUGCAGUGUCCCGUGUUUUCACCUGUACUACACAUCAAACCCUGCAAGCCCUGGCUCCGAACACGCUGUUUGGUUAUUUUAUCCUGAACUGCAUAUGUAUGCGCAUACCCGAUGUUAGGUUAUUGGAUAGGACGCACUAUCAAGCUACCUUUUUUUAUUAAUAUUUCUCUUUUGCACACUCAGCAUCGCGGGGGAGUUGGUCGUUGGUCGUUGGUCGUUGGACAUAUUCAGGCGAGAGAAGACCUCAAAGCCGAAAAGCAUUAUAGGAUGGGAUGGUAUAAACAUGGACAUAAUGAUACCCCUGAGAACAGCCAGUCGGCUUAUUCGCCAGCUCUCAUCGUACUUUCUUUUGUCUGUCCAUAUCAUUAAGGUAACGUAAUGUAAUGUAAUGUAUUUUUUUUUUUUUUUUUUUUUU